CGGUUCCUCGAAAGAUGGUUAAGUUUAAACCAGGAUUAAGCCAAAUUUUAAGCAAGGUUUUCUUGUAUAAGAAUAUGUCACUCGGUCUUACCUAAUACUGUGUUCGUCUUUACCGCGAGACUCAAUGAUGAUAACAUAGAAUGUUACUCUAAGCAAUGCAUAGGAAGGUAAAUAAAAAAUUGGAACAAAAUUUGUAAUCCUGGAUUAGCGCUAAUAAUUAAAUCCUAAAAUAUCCAUGCAAAACCAAAGCGCUUAUUGAGAAAUAUGUUUCUAUACUUACUGAAAAAUUCUACAAAGGGUCACUGCAUCGAUUGGGAUCACAUGUACGUGUUUUUAGCAUACCAUUUUUUUUUUAGCUCAGACCAGGUUAGCUAUCUCUUGUUCAACAUAAUAAGCUUUUGCUGAUGUGUUUCUGAUUCUUAGGAGAGAAGGACGUGAUCAUUUUAGGAGAUUUUAAUCUUGGCCCUGAUGAAGAAGGUAGGAAUCAGGAGAAUUAUUUAAGCACAGGAACUUGACGACGAAAAAACUGCCCUUAUGUGGUCCUUUUUGCAAUGAUAUGUGUUUUGUUUUGUUUUUGUUUUAAAUGGUUCGUAUUGUACCCUGGCCGAUGGCAGGCGCUCAGCUAGUUUUGCUCAUCCUGGCGUGACGAGAACCCGGAAAACCCAACCUGUGUUACAGAGUCGGAAGGAAGAAUUCUAGCGAACCCUUCUAGUUCUCUUGCUUGUCGAAUUCCACCUUUUCGUUAGAUGAUAGAAACUUACUAGUUUGUCUGUCGAUGAUCAGUACAAUUGGCCUUUCUACCGGUAGUUUGUAAGCGUGAUUAAUAGGCCUUUUUAGCUUGUAGGUUUUAUUUUCUCAUUGCAGACUAUGUGAUGUUGCCCCAGGGAAUUGUUUCUUUCAAAUGUUGUCCUAUACACGUGCAUCCAUGUGCAUAUGCGAACAUGACUAAUGAAAGACAAAAAGCCAAAUUCCCUUCCCUUGCUCUGAAUUGGGAAAAAAUAUACAAGCUGGAAAGGUCUAUUGAACUUAUGAUAUCGGCAGACGUCUUUUGAAUUUGGUCAACGGUAGCUGAUUAUAAUAGAGUUAGCCGUAGGGUGUUAGCCAAUCAGAAACGGAGAAAUAAUUUGAAUGAAUGGAAUAAAUUUCAAAUAUUACAGAGGGGUAAUGCAAAUAGCUUUACGAAAAAUUGACUGAUAUUUCAAUGUUUUAUUGCUUGUAGAGUUUGAUCUCAUGCGUAAGCGCAAAUUGGAAAACCUUAUUCCUGGUACAACAUUCACCAACAUCAGCUUAAAGAACAUGCAGGGAUCCAAGAAUUAUGACAACAUAUGGAUCGGCAAAAGCACCAAGUCACACCACUUCACUGGACAGGCAGGUAUGUGAAUAUACAGUGUACAUUGCACAGCGGUCCGUAAACAACAGCAUGUAACACUACUUUCUGUAUCACAGUUUCUUUCAGACUUGGAACUCCAUAUUGCAGCAAGUAGCCCAAAAGUGUGACCGCUUUUGAUUAAUUCACAUUCUUUUGUACAGAUUUAAUCCAAUCAGAAGCCAGCUUGAAACUGUCCCCAACUUCUGAUUGGUUAAUGCCUGCAUGAAAGAAUGUGAGUUAAUUAAAAGUCACAUUUUUGCGCUCCUUGCUGUAAAUAGACGCAGAAUUUCCAAGGUCCCCUAUUUUCUCUGAUAAAAAAAGUCUUGAGUUCAUUUCAAACGACAGGUUUCUCUAGUUACCCAGAUUCUUCUCCUUACAACCGGGAUCUCGUUAACCGGAUAAAUUGAAGAAUUUGCUGUAUGAACAGGGAGAACUGAACUAAGGCCUAAGGCUUGCCCUGUUGUGCAGCUAUUUUAAAUGUAUCCCGAAAAUGGGGACAAUUCGGUUACUGGGUUAACAUGAAGAUUUACCGGCUUUAGAAUAAGUCUUGUCAGUUUUAUUGCGUAAUAUCCCUUACUUGUUGUAAGGGUGAUUAAGCAUUGCUGUUAAGUACCGUGAACUUUAAGCCUAGUCUCCUUAUUUUAACUAAGAUACAGGGGCGUCUUCUCCUGUUGUUAGUUGUACGAAUCAUUCCACACAUUCACAUCGAGAAUAUUGCGUGGUUAUAAAGCAGAAUAAAAGCCACUUCUGCUAAGCGAAACACUACAUUGCAGUGUUUUGUCUGCAAAAGAGUUAUUUUUUUAUACAUCGUGUUUACGGCUAGCAGCGACAUUACUAUUCAGGGUUUGCAAUGCCAUGCACGUUGACCGUUGCUUGAAGUAUGAUGCAAAGGUCCACUUUCGAGGAAAGGAACCCGUUCGUCCCUCGUGCAUUCGCCUCAUUUUUUGAAAACUGUUCUACAUUUAGUUCUCAGUUAGCUGGGUAGUUUAAGCGCCCAUAUAUUUAGCACGCAGUUGCCACUAGACGAUGCUGUUUUACGUCUCCUACAGAAGGCCAAACCGCCAUUUGCGGGUGGUCAUCUCAGCCUUUUCAAGGGAAAGACAUCACUUUCUUCCUUAGUUAGUCCAGCCUCGGGGAUCGAACCCGCGCCAAACUACUAUUCUGCAAUCCAGCGCUCUACCGACUGUGCUUACCCUUCCACGGUUAAUGGAAAGCUACAAGAAUUGUAGAAGCCUCCCAGGGAGAGUCUCAGGGUUUUUCUUAGCGUUAUAACCCCGGCUGCUUCUUACAAACCUUGGGAGAGAGAGACGGUGUGAAUCUUCAAAUCUUCGGUUCGACCUGCGUGCUUGACUAUGCGUUACUGUGCGUUAUUUUGCCUUGGGGCGCCUUGGGAACGAAUUGUGGAAAAUCCACCCUUUGCCUACUUGCGUGACUGUGUUUGAUUAUGACUUUUGGCUCCCAGGGAACGACUGGUGGCAAAUACAUUCUUUGCCUUCGUGCGUGGCUGUGUGUGACUAUGCCUUUUGGUGGCUAGGAACAACUGUACGAAAUCCACCAUUUGCCUCCACCGCUGUCACGUCUAGACAGCUUCUUAUUUAGUUACCGGAAUUUCAUUUCCUAGUGGGUGGAAAGAAUGGACAAGGAUGUAGUAAACAGUUCGUUAAUGUCACUAUCUUUCGUUUUUCACAAAAUAAUAACCUUUUUUAUGUUGCGAACGCCUCGCGCACAAACAAAAUUAUGCCUCUUCAAGUUUAGUUUCAGUUUUUAACACAUUUAAGUUAACUAAAAACUUUCAAAAUGGUAGGUGAAUUCAGUAGCCUAUCAGCUCUUCAGAACCUCUAAUUUAAUUGGACUCCUGUGGGUAGCAGCUCAUUGUUUUCCCGACCAAUCCCUUGAAGUCUUCAGGAGCUGCAAGGUCGCCCGGUGAAAUAGCAACGCCUAAGCGUUUGCAACUCGUUUUAGGGUGGUCAGCCAUUUGCCUGACCUUUUGGUAACAGAGAGAUUUGCUGUAUAUCCUUCUACAAAUGUUUAUGUAAUGUGUGUUAUCUGCCAAUAGGGGUAAUCAGAGACGGCCUUACCCAUCCCUCCAUACCUGAUGGCUGGCGCUGGAAUGGCCUCGUUUCCGAUCACUGUCUUUGUUUGGGCCGAGUUUUACUGUGACCGAGAUUAUGAUCGAGCUACUGGUCACGUGACAGUUGAUGACAUCUUUAUUGAUGGAAAACAGAGGGAGGGGUGAUGUAUUAUACGAUUGCUUGAGUCUGUUGCAUCAUCAAGCUUCUCAACUCGAAUGAUUUGUUUCAAGGAAAAAAAGGGGAAAGCGGACUUAACGUUUUGACUGUCUCCUCGUCUCUCUUUCGUGGAAAUGGAAGGGUUAUUUAUUUACCCAGAGGCUGUCGGCAGUCAACGUGUGUUGGUGUGCUCCAGGUCAAAUGGUAGUUAGAGACGCUGGUUUUUGAGGAGAGGCUAAAAGCCAUUCUUCCCUGAGAACUGAACUACUGAAUGUGUGGCGGCUCUUAAAUAACUGGCCUGGAGCAAGGCUGUAGAUACAAAACUCGCAUAACACUGAAAAGUCUAUACUAUGAACAGAAAAGGAAUAAUAAUUUCCAGAGUAGGCCAAAUGCAAUUGUCACAUUGAACUAUAUUAAUUUCUGUAAUAUAAGUCCAAUAUUAAUCCACUCUUUCCAUAUUGUGUCUCAUGAAAAUGUAUUUCAUGUGAUGAUUAUAACAGUAUUUUAUUUUUAUAUUUAAAUGCAGCUUGUAUAUAACAUACUUAGUGGCGUCUCGCGCAGUCGUUCUAAGGGCUUCCUC